UUUUAGGAUUUUAAUGAACACAAUUAGUAGAGACUCUACAGAUACUAAAUAAAUAUUGAAAAUAUUGGAAAGGUAGCAGGCAAAAUAUCAACAAAAAAAUUUAAUAUGUCUUUGAAAAAGAUUUGUCCCAUGCUUUUGCUGACUUUCUUUUGUUGUCAAGUUGAAAGUGGCAGGACAAAUUGUCGCAAUCCAUCUUCCGUCCGUAAGCUUGCGCGCGGUCUGAGCCGAUACAAACUAAAAGACUUGCCAGAAAGUUUUUAUCUAAUGGAUAAACUGCGCAACAAAGUGACUGUUCCUUCUCAAUACAAGGGCAGUGUCUAUGUCAACUUAGAUAACGAGAACACGACGUGUCCGGCAACUCUGGAGAACAAAUUACACGUGUGUCCCGGCUACAAGGUGAUGGAGUAUGAUAGAUUCAGGAUCCCAAGCAUGAUGCUGCAGGUUCAUUGUAAAUGUAACGGUUGUCUUGGCUCCCCGGACAAAGCCUGUGUGCGUCUGUUUUACUAUACUAGAGUUCUAAGGGUGACGGGGUGUAACGAAAAGGGUGUGUAUGUAUACGACUACUUCUGGGAGAAGGUUUCCAAUGGCUGUGUCUGCAUCAAAAACGAUAGGCAGACGAUGCCCAGAGGUUAAGGUUCCAGUAUUGUGUUCAAUGAGUUUACCAUUAUUUAUUGUGUUUCGUCUGCUUGAAUGUGCUUUUUAAAUGGAUUUUUGAAUGCAAACGUUUUGAUGAUGAGUGCGAAUUAUUAUGUUGUCUCAAAAUACUCUAGUCAAUGUCCCAAAUCACAUUAUCAUGCAUUUAUUACACAACUGUCGUUGGAACCAUUGAUACGUUACUGCCAGAUUUAAUCUAGAAGCACGAUUCUCUAUUGAGUGCAUCUCUGCGGGGGAGAACACACAGGAAGUGUAUUAGAACACCGUACAAUAUUAAACUCAGGUCAGAGGUAGAGGAAGUGAUUGAAUUCUUUCCUUGGUUGAACGCUCUUCCCUUUUUGUGUGUUUGAACAUGCAUGUUUUUGUUUGCGAGUUUUACAUAUCUAUACGUAACUUUUUAGUGGCGCGGAAAUUUAUUUAUUUCAUGGAAAAUAUUUCUGUUAUUCCGUCUCGCUCCGCGAAUUGUCUUUCACUUUCAAGAUCUAAUCAUUGACGUGUAUACAUACUUCUUUUUGUAAUUGUACAUGCAUUUUUUAGAUUUUUUUUAUAAAAUCUGUAUUUUACAUGUAAUAAAUAUAUUUUGUUAUUAUUA